AUGCUUCCUCCGUCGGCCGAGAUCGACAGUCACACCAUCGUUAGAGUCAUUGGCUCCGAGCAGAUACCAUUCAGGAAUGCCUCCGAUCAAAUAACUGCCUCAACCGAGAAGGAGAUUAUUUUGGAUGAUAAUUAUGAAAUAAGUGACGAAGACCAAGAUGAAGAAUUGGACAAGUUUGCCGAGGAAUGGGAAAUGGAGGAUGAAGAAGUCUGUACCGAAAACGGAGAUAUUAUCAUUGAUGAAUCCUACAAAGAGGAGACACUCCGUAAUAUAAAUCGCUCAAGAGCACCAUAUCAACCAUCAUCCGUUGUUUUAGACUUGUCGUGUGCUGAUUUUCUUUACGAUUCUUCAGAGGAGGACCGUAAUGACACUACAGAAGAGGAUGGAGAUGUAUCCACCCUCGCACAACAUAACGACAACAAUCAAUCAAUUCAAAUCUACAUUAACGAUUUUUAUCAAAAUUUUAGUUUCAAUAAUCAAUCAAUAUUAAGAAAAUUUAAGAAUCGAGACGUAGCCUCGAUUUCUGAAGCCUUGAAGGCUCACAAAGACAGAUUAGAGGAUAUCAAAGAAGAAUUAAUUGAAUCAGGAUAUAAUUCUCUCUCUGUACUCAACCCAACUUUAACAGAAAUCUGCGAACAUGAGCUAGCUUUACGACUUCUCGAAAAUCCAAUGAUUUUUUCUGACAGAAACGACAUUUCAUUGAACACAAAUAAGAGAAAAGUCUCCUUAGUUCGUGCAUCGACUCCUGUUGAUAAUGAUGAUGAUUUUAUUGACGAUAGCGAGGCAACUCAAGAGGAGCUACCAACACCAAAAAAACCAAAAAAGAGUGUUAAAAAGAUUUUGGUUCUAAGCCAGGAAGAAAAAGAGGUAGCUCAGGAGAUUGCCAAUUACAUCAGUGAAGACAAUUAUGAAAUGGUCAAGAAAUAUCAUAAGCAAUUUCUGCUUGGCAAUUUGUCGUACGGAGUGGUGUUGGAAAGCAAAUUAUCGUACUAUUUUAGAAACAGAGAGCUGCAAAGUAUUUUAGCAAAAGAAAGAAAAAAAUUAAAACAGCAAGAAAUUCAAGAAGAAGAAGUGCGAGAAACAUUCACCCAACAAAGGAAAGAAUUCUUAUCACAACUUAUUGGAUCACACACCUACAAAUUUCCUGAAUACGUAAUGCGUCACCAACAAAACUGUGUAGUAUUUGCCGUAGAAAGGAUGUUACAAGGAAAAUCCGUAAUUAUUGCUCACCAAAUGGGUUUAGGAAAAACUCUCACUGUACUUUUAACUCUGUUUAACUACAAUCGUAUGCAACAGAAAACACUUCGUUAUUUGGUUUUAGUUCCAAAAUCCAACAUUGACCAUUUUUCUAGCGAAUACAAAACGCACUUUUAUCCUGAACCAUUCAUGAAAAUAGCCACCAUCAAGGGAAAGGAGACGAAGGAAAUAGAUUCAUACCAUAAUGGAGGAAUGCUAGUGAUGACAUAUGAUAGAUGUUUGAACAUGCUAAAGGAUGAUGAAAACGGCUCAUAUAUUGUCAACAACACAGAUAUAUUGAUUGUUGACGAAGCUCACAUAAUGAAAAAUGAGGAGACAGCAAGAUUUAUGCAAUUUUCAAAAUUUAAGAAAGCCCUUAAAAUUUUAGUGACUGGAACGCCGCUUCAAAAUAAUAUUGGAGAGAUGUUUAACUUGAUUCGAUUUAUAGAGCCAGAUAAUCCCCAUGUUAAGAUGUUGAAACCUUACUUUCAAACUCACUUUGUAAAAUAUUUGGCCGAACACAAACCAUACUCUAAAAACGGUCUUUUGAGAACUCAAUUGUUUAGACAUUACUUUAAAGACCUCAUGCACAGAGAAGUAUCCAUUGAAGAAUUGAAAACGAUCGAAAAAAACAAGAAUGACUUUAUUAUUGGCUAUACCCUUAACGAUCUAGAAAGAAAAAUUUACAAUGACAUUUGUGAUGUAAAGCGUCAGAUGGGAACGUCUUCCUUCUUUGCUUCUUAUUUUUAUGAGAGAGUUUGUUUGGAUUGUUGCACCUAUUUGUUCCAAAGAGACAAUUCACAACUAGUUGCAGAAAUGAGUAAAUCACUAGAUCUCACUCAGGAUGAAGACGAGGCGUUAAAGAGACUCAAUGAAAGCUCAGUAUUAUUUGAUAAUAUCAAGAAAAGACUAGAGAAGUAUUCAGAGAGUCAAAUUGAGUGUUCUCGGAUUAGAAUAAUAAGAUCGGUUGUUUCCAACAUCAUCUUAAGGGGAGAAAAAGUCGUAAUUUUUUCGGGUUUAAUUUGUUAUGCUCCAACAGUGAAACAAACGUUGGAAGAAGACAAAAAGGUGCAUUGUGAAAUUUAUUCAGGAGAGUUGACAGAUAAGCAACGUUCUGAAGUGUUACAAAGAUUUAGAAAUAAUGAAACGAACACUUUAAUUAUUAGCAAAAAUGCAGGUGGAGUUGGAAUUGACCUCACAACCGCACAACAUGUAAUUUUAUUCAAUCUUGAUUUCAAUUAUGCAAAGGAUGAUCAAGCAAUUUUUAGAUUGGUAAGAAAAAAUCAACAUAAGGUUGUUACUAUUUACAGACUGGUCUGUCACUCUUCGGUGGACGACAAAUUGCUAGAAAUUCAGAGAAACAAAAAAAUUGUUUCACAAAUGGCUCUUGACGAAAUUCCAACAAGACCCACCGAAUCAGAAAGCACCAUUGACGAAGAAAUUUGUAGGACGAUUUUCAAAAUGUCUCAUUUAACUCGCUCUCUGAAAAAGCUCAUCAAGAGCAUCAGCGAGUUCAAGCCUACGGACAAACAAGAAGGGGUCACCCAGGAUGAAAUACGAACUCACAAAGAAAUGUUCGAAAAAGAUACCAAGUUGCAACUCAAGUAA